UCAGUUCUCACCGUGCACCGACUGUGUGAGUCUGUCUUGGAGUCCAGGAAUCGAAAAUGGCGAGAGAGAAAGGAAAGCUAUUGUACAUGGUGUACAGAGCACUGAGUUACGGCGUAUCACCGUUGAUAUACCUUCACCUACGGUGGCGCAAACUCCGAGGACUCGAACACCCCUCACGGUGGCGCGAGCGUCUCGGCCGCCCUUCUCUCCCUCGCCCUCCCGGCCCUCUCCUCUGGUUCCACGCCGUCUCUUUAGGUGAAGGAAUGGCUGCAAUUCCUGUGAUUAAACACUGUGUUAACCGGAGGCCCGAUAUAACCAUCUUGAUGACGACAACCACCUUGUCUGCAUUUGAAGUAAUAAAAACACAACUUCCAAGUAGUGUCAUAUACCAGUUUGCACCACUUGAUACGCCUGCUGCUAUGGAUGCUUUCCUUGGCCAUUGGAAGCCAAGUUCAAUCAUUCUAAUGGAGAGUGAACUAUGGCCAAACUUGAUUAUGAGUGCCUCCAAAAAUAGUAUUUCGCUGGCAUUAUUGAAUGCUCGGAUGUCUGCAAAAUCCUUUAAGAAUUGGUCUAGAGCAGUUGUUCUUCCACUGACUUCAUUAAUGUUGUCAAAAUUUUCCUUGAUUAUCCCAUUGAGCACCAUGCAGGCAAUCCAUUUUCAGCUGCUGCAAGCCCCACCAUUUAUCAUCAACUUUUCUGGCGACUUGAAAUAUGCUAUUGAAGUAUUUAACCUCUCAGAGACGGACAUGAGAAAUAUUGAGGACCUGCAGGUACAGCUUGCCCCUAGACGGGUUUGGAUGGCUUCUUCCAUACAUAGGGGUGAAGAAGAAGUAAUGCUAGGAGUUCACAAAGAGUUGACACAAUUGCAUCCUGAUUUAGUCACUAUUAUCGUGCCGCGACAUCCGCAGCAUGGACAAGAGAUUGCUCUAGGACUGCAGAAAGAAGGGGUGGCUGUAGCACUAAGAACUCGUGGUGAAAAGCUUAUUCCAGGAACAAACAUAUAUGUGGUGGACACAUUAGGUGAACUGAGACACAUGUAUACAUUAUCUCCGAUAGCUGUAAUUGGAGGUUCUUUCUUGCCUGGUUUAGCUGGCCAUAAUAUUUCAGAAGCUGCUUCAGCUGGCUGUGCUGUUUUAACCGGUCAUUAUGUUGGCCACUUUUCACACAUGGUAUUGGAAAUGCAACGGUUAAAUCCUUUGUCAGUUCUGCAGAUUUCAGGGAAAAUGGAACUAAAAGAAGCUCUUAGCGAGCUCUUGAGUAAUGCAGAAGUUCUCGAAGCACGCCGUGUGGCUGCAAAACAAGCAUUUCAGGCUCUGUCAAGUGGGAUUACAGAAGAAAUCUGGAGCACACUAUAUUUUCGUGUUGUAAAGAAAGCAUUGUGUUGUGAGAAAUGAAGGCUGUUUUGCGACAGAUCUAAGAGUGAAGAUAAGGUUUGUCUGCAUCUUUAGCAAUAAAAUACUUUAUGAUUCAUUACAAUGAAUACAUCUGAGACCAGUUGCUCUUAAGCUUCGCAUCUGGAUGAUUAGUAAUAACUGCACUGUAUGAAUUUAUUUGUUAAUAUGAAGUUGAUGUCCACUGGACCUUUCAGUUUAUAAA